CUUGUCUUACUAGUCUUGGUCUCAACACUCCUGAACCCCCUUCUUCUAAAGCCAUGUAUUUAAAUGCAGACUUUUGCAUUUUUGAACUUUCAACUUUAUCAUCCCAUCUCAACCACAUACCAAUAUUGUUAACAAUAUGACUGCUUUGACCGAUCCCUUCGCUUCUUACUACAACCCUUCAUCCAAGAAGAGUUCUAACACCACGUUUACUCAUGGGAAUCGAACAAGCCAUAUCGACUAUUCAAACACUUCGCGCAUUCACCGCGCUAGUCUUGUCGACGCUUCGGAGCAUUCACCAGCUUUACUUGAGCUCCUCGACGUCGACCUUUCGGCACAUUUAAUCGACCAUGUCGUGGAGUGUGUAACGGUUGUUAUCGACUUUAUCAUGCGUCGCCGCCGCCCGUUGUCGAAAAGCAAAACUGCUGAACGUUGCAUCGCUCUCCAACACUUCAGAAUUUUUGUGAAGAUGCUCCUUGCGCGUUCCGGUGUCAAAAUCCCAGUGGUUUUGGCAGCCUUGGUUUACAUCGAUAGAGCGAAAUAUCGCCUCCAAUCUAUCAUGUAUGGAUUAGAAUUUCCAUUAGAACAAAUAUUCCUUGGUGCUCUGACUGCUGCAUCGAAGUAUCUGAAUGAUCUUACGAUUAAAAACUUCCAUUGGGAAGCAUCUACCCUGAUCUUCAGUGCCCGUGAAAUCGGUGAAUUUGAACUGGUGUUUCUCGGAUGUCUUCGCUGGGAUCUACGCCUUUCAGAAGAAGACAUAAUGGCACACUACGCCGGUAUAUGCACCGACGUUGAUCCCUACUUUAAUCACCCUCAAUACUUCCGUGUUUCCACUCGCGGUCAAAAUCGUCACCAAUCCAUACGAGCGGACGCAUUGGAUGAUAGUAUUGAUCUCGAUUCUUCGGAUUCGAAUUCUUCCGGAGAUAUUUGUUUACUUUACUCAGCACAUCUCCGAGAAAACAUCCAGAAACAUAAAUCGCCUCUCCGAAAGUGGUUUCAAUCUCUUCGUCGUUCGCGUAAAAUCGUUUCAUAAAAUACCCCACACAUCCACUCUCGCUCUUGUGUCAAUCACUGCACCAUAUAUCUCCUGCUUGCGUUUGUCAUACAUAGCUAAAUGUUGCGUACCAUAUACCAUGAAUAUACCUCACAAUUGUCUUCAA